GACAGAGAAUAGACUGAGACAGGCCACCCAGAAAGAGCGUGACCAGGACUGCUGCUGAAGGCCACGAGCCAGGGACGCAACCUCCGGGUCGUCAGAGCCUCUACCCCAACCCCAGCCCACACAGCCACUGCCUCACGGAAAGAGGAUCCUUUCAAGAUCUUGUUCUCAGCUGCCCCAAAGCUUUGUGGAGCCCGAGCUAGACUUUUGCCACAGAUCUGAACAAGAUAACGUGUCACUGUUGCCUCCUUUUAAUCAUCCUGGCUGUGGUCUUAGCUGUUUAUCCCUGAGAAUUGCACUUAUUGUGAUUAUCACACUUAUUGUGAUUAUUUUUGUAUUCCACUUUUCAAAAUGAUUGACCUAAGUUUCCUGACUGAGGAGGAACAGGAGGCCAUUAUGAAGGUUCUGCAGCGCGAUGCCGCCCUAAAGAGGGCCGAAGAGGAGAGAGUCAGACAUUUGCCUGAGAAAAUUAAGGAUGGCCAGCAGCUGAAGAAUAUGAGUGGCCAGUGGUUUUAUGAAGCCAAGGCAAAAAGGCACAGGGAUAAAAUCCAUGGUGCAGAUGUCAUCCGAGCAUCCAUGAGGAGGAGGAGGCUCCCGGGGGCAGCCGAGCAGAGUAAGGACAGAGCAAUUGGGGCAAAGGAAAGCUGGGUGAACAAUGUCAACAAAGAUGCUUUCCUUCUCCCAGAGGUAGCUGGUGUUGUAGAAGAGCCAGAAGAAGACACAGCACCAGCAAGUGCAAGCUCCAGUGCGAUGAGUCCAGCCACCACCACCACCACUGAGGCGUCCCCGGAGAACACAAGCGAUCCCACCACUUCCCCAGCCAAGCAAAGGAAGAAUCCAUUUAAUAGCUCCAAGUUGCCAGAAGAUCACUUAUCGCAACAAACCAAAAAUGAGCAGUCAAAAAAUGGAAGAGCUGGUUUAUUUCAGAUUUCAAAAGAGGGUGAAUUGUUCAAGUCAAAAGGAAAGCCAUCUCCCCAAGGUAUUUCAAGCCAAAUGUUAGAGAAGCCAAAGCAGCCCAUGCCAGAAGGGCCCGUGAGUGAGGUUCAAGUCCAAGCUCCAGUCCCUAAAGCCAGAAAACUGAUCUACAAAUCAAAUGAUUCUAAGCAAGAUGAUAACCAGCCUUUUCCCAGACACAGGGCAGACUCCCUGAAUGCCAGAGCAGCUCCAAGAGGGAUUCUCAAACGCAAUUCUAGUUCCAGCAGCACAGACUCAGAAACUCUUCACCUACAUCACACCUUUGAACCUCGGAGCAAAAUUGUGUCACCUGCCCCAACCAUCCAUGAGAGAAUUGCUGAGCAGGACCUAUCUUUAGAAGAUGAUUCUUCCUCUUGCUCACUGGAGCCCUUAAAGCAUGUGAGAUUCUCCGCAGUUACAGAUGAACUGCCCCAGAGUUCUGGACUCAUCCAUGGCAGGGAAGUGGGAGAAUUUAGUGUUUUAGAAUCUGACAAGAUGAAGAAUGGAACAGAAGGGAGAGAGGACAUAGAUGAAUUUCUGGAGGACCUGACGCCAUCUCACAGAAAAGUUUUGCCUUUUCAUGAGUCGAGAUCAAGUUCAAGUGUGACAAAAAAUGAAACACAACCACCAGUGACAUCUGGUUCUGAUCCAAAUCAUGGAUUCCACUCUUACUCAGAAGUUUGGAAAACAAGAGCGCCAUCCAUUGAGGAUUUACCCACCAGCAGUGAACACCAAGAUGAAUCCCCAGAAUUCACAAGGCUUCAAUCAGAAUUGCCCCCAAACCCUGCUGGUGACCUAUCACAUUAUGCUGAGCCUGAUCCAGCUCAGGUUCUGGAUCCCAGUUCUAGAGACCAUCAGCAAGGUAAGCUCCCUCUUCUCUCGGCUAAGACAUCUUUGCAUUCUGGUUCGUAUGUCAGUGAGACAAGGAAGACGACGGAUGAUUCCAUAUCUAAAGUUCUAGACUGGUUUAACCGAAGUUCUCACUCAGAUGAUAGUAGCUCAGCCCUCCAACAUUCCCAAGGAAUAGAGUCCAAAGAAACAACAGACUCAACGCUGAGGGGUACUGUUGCCUUGGAGACAGAUGACGGAAGUCUAAAAGAAAAUGACUCAAAGGCCUCGUCACUUGCCGAAGUUACACUGAAGCCCGUGAGAUCUGACUUCCCACUUCGAGGAGAGGGAGACAGGCUGUUUUCCAAAAGCUGCAAAGAUAAUGAUGUGAAUAACAAAGGCAGAUCUAUGAGCUUAUCCCAGCACGCCGCCUCAGAAAGUCUGAGGAGACCAUUUGAAAGCUAUGGUCCUCCAAGUCAAGGAAGUGAAAAUGCGGACUUGCGCCCAAAUGCAAUAAGCACAGGAAAAGGAACUGGGGAGCCUACGGCAGCCGGUGAUGACUCCUAUCGCGCUCCCAGAACAUCUGAUACUCAAGUGCAAGCGCCACGCAGCGCUAGGAAUAGUGGCAGCUUGGGCGAAGAAGAACUCAAACUUCCUGUCCAAGAAAAACAUAGAGCAAACACAGAAGUGAACGCUCACUCAAGGACAGUUGUCCCCAAACCAGAUUUGAAAGAUGAUGUGGAAGCAGAGUUAAAAAGCAUAAAAGGUAAUAGUUCCAUCCUUAAGGCUUCCUUUGAAACAGGGACUAGAGAGGUAUCUCCUGGGGCUGCCGGCGGUGGGUCUCCUUGGCAAGAUGCUAGGGAGGACCCCAAGAAGCGAGUACAAAGAGAGAAAUACGUACGAGUGAGUGAAAGGAUAUCUUUUUGGGAAGGAGAGAAAGCUGGGGCUAAGUUAACUCAUCAAGAGCCCGUACCUUCAAGUAGCCAGGAACAGCCUUGUGCUAAGAUAUGCCAGCCUUUGAAGUCACGGGGCAGGGCCGUGGCCAUGAAUGAAUACUGCCCGGUCACUGCCAAGCGAGUGGUGCUUGAUGACGAUGGCCAAGUGCCCCCUGUCUCCAGUUUUGAUUCCUCAAAUCAAUCCGAAGCGUCCAGGCCCCAAUUACCAGGUCCAGCCAAAGACUCUCAUUCUGCUGACCAAUCAGAAACGUUGUCUGUGUUUCCAAAAAUGACGUGUGAGCCUGUGAAACAACUGGCCAUUGAAGACAACCGGUGUUCUAUGCCACCACUCCUGAGCCCUGAGAAUACUGAGAGUGAAAGGCAGACUCCUUUGGAGAAAAACAGACCUCCAAUUGGCGAAUCGAAUGCCAACUUUAAAGUGAUGUCCCUACGGGAACGAAUUGAUGAGCCCAACACCCAGCAAGUCUAUAAUCACUCACAGUUUGAGAAUCUGAGAAAAUUUUGGGACUUAGGAGCACACAGUAAGGAUAAUUUUGAGAACACUAUGGACCUUACAAAACCUAUACUUUGUAAUCACCAGAAACACAAAGAAUUCAAUGACAUUAAAUCAUCGGGAAAAAAUGUUCCCGAAGUAGAAACACUUUUAAGCCAUAAAAACCUUAUGGCAAGAGAGGAAAUGAAGAAAUUAAACUCAAAGUGCACGCUCCAGGUGCUACCAGAUGAAACCACACUUCUGUUGAAACCACUAAGAAUGUCUGCUCAUCAGGUGGCAGGAAAUGAGCCAUCCAAGGAAAAUGUGGAAAAGAAUACGGAAUGGUUGCUCACUCCAGUGCUCAAGGAGGGAAAGGACCACUCAACUCAAGAGACUGAAGAAUCCAGAGUGAAAACGAGAGUGUUGUCUACUGACAACAAAGUCACUUUUCAUGACAGUUUACAGCAGCUCUGCCCUGAUGCUUCAUUGCCGCCAAUCCAAUCUUUUGAUGGAAAAGUUCGUGGAAAAUUCGAACUCAAACCAGAUAUUUCUGAAAAUAGGACUCAAAAGGCACAUUACCCUCACAUUGAGGAAGACCCCAAAGGACCCAAGGAGGUCACUAUUAAAGAGAUUGUCAAGGAGCAUGUAGACAAAACAGUAGCCCCUCCAAAGUUCACAUGGGACACUUUGGCUGCUAGUCUAGACAAACUUCUGAAAGAAGCAACUGGAACUUCACACUCUCCCUUGCAAAACACCUUGGAACCUAUUACCACUAGGACCAACGCUCAGCCUGAAGAGGAAAAGGGAAUAAAGCGGGAUCCCAACACAUCAGCCUAUCUGAGAGAGAUCAUAGCUCCUUUUCCAGAAAAGACUGUGACAUUGGGAGGUGUAGCCAUCACCGGGAGGGCUGGUCAUGGUGAGUGCCAGUUCCCUGGGGAAAUCUUGCUUCAGAUGGCUGAGAAAGGCCCCCCUCUGCUGGGGCAAGCAUCCCCUCCUCAAAGAAAGCAUUCUUUUGAGGAUGAGACCAACUCUGCAAAAGAUGAGCCUUUUACCUGUGAUGCUCAUCUUGCUCCCUACGCUAGAGCACUGCCCUUCCGAAGGGAAAUGUCAGAGACCAUAGAGCAAGUCAUUCUUCCAUCCAAACCUGUAUUAGAUGAUGUAAAUAAUACAUUACAGAGGCUACUGGAAGAGGUUUGUGUACAUUCUCCACCUGAGAAGGAAUUAGGUCCUGGAGAAGUGAAGGCAGAAUUUCCUGAAGGAGUACAACUAGCAGGUAGCUCCCCAAGUCCUCUGAGGGUGACCCCACCGAGGGCUACAGGGGACGGAGGUGUUCCUAAUUCCUCCCGAGAAGUUGCUGAUAAACCUUGUGAAUACAGAUCUUACGUAGCUACCCAAAUGUCUCCAUCAGAACAGCUCAUUUGCUCAUCUGUUCCCACUGUGGUUCAGGAUGACAUAGCGCGACCUCAGGAAGAGGCAGAGAUGGUGAGGCAAACAUUGACUCAACCCGCAUCGGAGUGCUGCCGUGAAUCCAGCACUGGCUUAGAAAAACUCCUGAAGGAAACCCUAGAAACCCCCCUGCCCACACACGGAAAGGAAACAGAGCCGCUUUCUUCAUCAGAGAUAACAGGUAGUGCUGACAGGCAGAUCGCUUCUGAAAUCUGUCCUGAGGAAGUGCAAGAAACAGUAGAAAAGACAGAGGCUCCCGCAGUCACCGAGAGCGCUUUCGAUACUGGGCUGGAGAAACUUCUUCAGGAACUAGCUGGAGCUCCUCCUCAUCUGCUCCAGAUGUUGGUGGAGGAAGAGUCUCCUCGGGAGGAGCCCUCACCAUCAGAGCAGUCCAGAGUCUUGGGGACAAUGCCCCAUUUUUUAUGGGCAGCCCCGGGAGCCUCUAAAAUGAAGGAUAAAACGAAGGAUCUGGAAUCCCAAGUCAAGCAGUGUGAUAAACUCUCUGGAGGAGUGGAAGCGGUGGCUGAUUUCCUGGGAGAUGGUUGUGGUUCUGCAAGCAAGAGAGAAAGUCCUGGAAGCUCUCAACUUCACAAGGACUAUGAAACAGGGGCCACUAAAACGACGAGACCCCCAGGGGCCAGGGACAGGGGACACGGGCCUUUCCAGGAACCUGGCUUUGAAAAGGCUUCUAAAGUCAUUAGUGGGUCCAGAAAUGAGCAACCUGUGCCUCUCUUGACAAACAAAGAGAACUCUGCAAAAGCAAGUGACGUUGAACUGAUACUAUCCUCUCCAUAUAAGAGACAAGACAAAGAGCGCGAAAAGGGCGAUUGCUCCGACUCUGACUUUUCAGGAAGGAACACCGGUUCUAAUGCAGAAAGCUGGAGAAGCACUUCCAGUUCAGAAGAAGAACCCAGUCCUGUUUUGAAAACUUUGGAAAAGAAUGCUUCUAGGAAAAUGCCUUCCAAAAGUCUAGAAGACAUUUCAUCAGAUUCAUCAAAUCGAGCCAGAGUAGAUAUUCUGCCAGAAGAUUUAGUACAUAGUGCUGAAGAUGUAGAUCAAAAAGCAGAUCAGGAGCCAGAAGCAAAUGAAUGCAUACCAGGAAUUUCCACAGUGCCUUCACAACCUGAUAAUAAGUUUUCCUGUCCUGACAAACUCAAAAGGAUGAGCAAGUCGGUUCCAACAUUUCUUCAAGAUGAGAGUGAUGACAGAGAAACAGACACAGCAUCAGAAAGCAGUUACCAGCUCAGCAGACACAAGAAGAGCCCGGGCUCUUUAACCAAUCUUAGCAGCUCCUCUGGCAUGACGUCCCUGUCUUCUGUGAGCGGCAGCGUGAUGAGCAUUUACAGUGGAGACUUUGGCAAUCUGGAAGUGAAAGGACAGAUCCAGUUUGCAGUGGACUAUGUGGAGUCGCUGAAGGAGUUACAUGUUUUUGUGGCCCAGUGCAAAGACUUAGCAGCAGCAGAUGUGAAAAAACAGCGCUCAGACCCAUAUGUGAAAACCUACUUGUUACCAGACAAAGGCAAAAUGGGCAAGAAGAAAACACUCGUAGUGAAGAAAACCUUGAAUCCUGUGUAUAACGAGAUACUUCGGUAUAAAAUCGAAAAGCAAAUCUUGAAGACGCAGAAGCUGAACCUGUCUGUUUGGCAUCGGGAUGCGCUUAAACGCAAUAGUUUCCUGGGGGAGGUAGAGCUUGAUUUGGAAGCCUGGGAUUGGGACAACAAACAGAGCACGCAGUUGCGGUGGUACCCUCUGAAGCGGAAGACAGCACCAGUUGCCCUGGAAGCAGAAAACAGAGGUGAAAUGAAGCUAGCUCUCCAGUAUGUUCCGGAGCCAAACCCUGGUAAAAAACUUCAUACAACCGGAGAGGUGCACAUCUGGGUGAAGGAGUGCCUUGAGCUACCGCUGCUGAGAGGAAACCAUCUGAAUUCAUUUGUGAGAUGUACCAUCCUUCCAGAUACCAGUAGGAAAAGUCGCCAGAAGACAAGAGCUGUAGGGAAAACCACCCACCCUGUCUUCAACCAUACCAUGGUGUAUGAUGGGUUCAGACCUGAGGAUCUGAGGGAAGCCUGCGUGGAGCUCACUGUCUGGGACCAUUACAAAUUAACAAACCAGUUUUUGGGAGGUCUCCGGAUUGGCUUUGGGACAGGAAAAAGCUACGGCACUGAAGUGGACUGGAUGGAUUCUACUUCGGAGGAAGUUGCUCUCUGGGAGAAGAUGGUACAUUCCCCCAACACUUGGAUUGAAGCCACAUUGCCCCUCAGAAUGCUUUUAAUUGCCAAGAUUUCCAAAUAAGCUCAGAGCCCACAAGCUGCUCCCCUGGAAAGGACAGCACAGGUGGAAUCUGGCCUUGGCUGUCUCUGACUCACCACAUGGACAGAUUCCAGCUUCCUGUCUGCUGCCACUAAAGUCAGUCUGCAUGGGUUUCUUUGAGUACAGAGGCCCAAGGAACUUAAAUAAGGACAAGACCUCUGACUUAUUUGUGACUCUGACAUUAAAGAGAUUUGACCAAGCUAGGAAAACUGAAUUGGAG